AUGACAACAGCAAUAAACGCCACCCCAGGCGCCCAGACGCAAGCCCAGCACAGCACGGCACCGGCGGUGAGCAGUCCGGCAUUUCCCUCUCGGUCCACGGCCGACAGUGCAGUGCAGCAGCAGCAGCAGCGCCCAGGCGCGCCAGCCAAGGAAUUCCCAGUGUUCCCAAGACCAACGCGCAUAGUGGCAUGGAGGACGAGGCCACAAGAUAACGGCGGUGCACCACAUUCGGCGAGAGGGUUGCCGACGGUGCCGCUCGGAUGCCACUUGGCUGGCGACGCAAGCCACCUGAUAAAAUAA